AUGGAAGGUCUAACUAGAUUAGUGGAGAAGGUGGUGGAAUCAGAGGAUUUCAAGGGAUUCCGGUUCAGAGAUAGUGAAUCCAUGGAUAUCCUCCAAUUUGCGGAUGAUACUGUGAUAUUUGAUGAUGGAAGUAACCAUAACUUAUGGUGUUUAAAGGUCGUUCUUAGAGGUUUCGAAAUCAUGUCGGGUUUGAAAGUGAAUUUCUUUAAGAGAUGGAGGGUGGUGUUAAUCAAUUAUGUGCUAAACUCCUUACCACUUUAUUCCUUGUCGUUCUAUCGGGUUCCUAAAAAAGUUAUUAAAGAGAUUAGGAGUAUUCAUGGGAGGUUCGUAUGGAGGGGGUUCAAAGGUAGUAGAGGUAAUCAUUGGGUGAGUUGGAGUAAGGAGAAGGAUCAAGGCGGGUUGAGUAUAAGGGAUGUCGAAAGCUUUAAUACCGCCCUUUUAAUGAUGUGGAAGUGGAGAAUUCUCAUGGAGGAUAAUGAUGUGUGGAGGAAAUUAUUAGAGUAUAGAUAUCUUAAUCCGACGGCUAAGAUGUUUGUUAAUGACAAUAAGGAAGAAGGCGUUUGGAGGUGGAAUACGAAGGGGUUGGCUUUGUACAACGAUGUCGGGCAGGAUUGGUUGAUGGGUGAUCUGGUUCGCCAAUUGCAGGAUGCAGUUCCGAUUCAACAGAAGGAUGACGAGUUUGAAUGGGAAGCGGCGGUGGAAGAAGGGUUCUCGGUCAAGAGAUGGGGGAAGGUGUCUAGGAAUAGGGAGUGUCGGGCGGAGUUGGAAGCUGGUACCAAGGAAGAACUGAAGGUGUUAUGGUCUUUGGGUGUUCCUUUGAAAAUCAGAAUUUUUGGGUGGAGUUUUUUAUUGUUUAGAAUGCCUACCCGGGAACAACUCCAACGAAGGAAUAUCAUAGUUAACUUGCAGGAUUCUUAUUUUUCCUUUUAUGCAGAAGAAGAAGAAGAGACCCUAACUCAUUUGUUUGACUCUUGUUAA